AUGGCCUCUGCGGGAUUUUGGAUCGCUUUCUGUCUUAUCGUCACUGUCAAAGCACAGACUUGUGCCGAUGGAGGAACUGGGCGUUCGUAUAUCUUUUUCCCUUCGUCUUAAUGAAUAUCAUUAAUUUUUCACUGACUAAUGGAAAAAUCCAACGAUGAAAGCACAUUUUGCAUCGUGUUUAAAAAUUGAAAGCCGUUUUGAUUAAAAAAUGAGAAUGUUAUUUCCGAAAACUUUUCCAUAGUUCUUGAUAUUUGCGCCUUCAACAAGAUUAUAAAUUCUAGAGAAAAAAAUUGAACAAUAUUUUUUUAAAAUUGACCAAUAUUUUUUUUCUAGUUUCAUAGAUUACAGAUUUCUAAAAACGAGUUCGAUGUUUUUCAGCAUGCUUGUUUGGGUGCGGACCAACGCAGACGUGCAUCGAUGAUAGUUGCUGCGAUAAUACACAGGUUUCUCUGUUCAUUUCUAGUUUUUUUUCCUAUUCGUCGCGAUCGAGAUGAGUUUCAUAAUUAUAACCAUUAAGAGAUAGUAAAUGAUCAAAGAGAAAAGCAGAAAAACUGAUUUCAGAUAACAAAAUUUUUCUUAUCAUUAUUACUUUUUCUCGCGCAAAAAUAGUCCAGUUUUCAAAAUAUCCAAUAGAAAUCUAGAAUAUGCUGUAACCCAAAAAUAAAAAAGCAUAGAAUGAGAAAAGGAAAAAUUGAAAGAAGUUUAAAAAUGAGAUAUGAGAGACAUAUCCAUAGUACAUUCCGCACCAGCUUCUCACGAUCUUUUUUUCCUCUGAGCUACUCUUCUGAUUGAGCCUAAUACAUUUAGCACUAUAUAUAAUAUCAUACAGAGCAGCCGAACAGAAGGGUUAUGUAGCUCUGAGAAAAAAAAACUUGACAAGCUAGCGUGGAAUGAGCUAUGACAAUACAAGAAUGAACAAAAAGUCCAAAGUAGAGAAAGUUAUCGUUUUGACGGAGUGAGUCCAGUAUUGGUUAUCAUCCUGAAUUAAAAAAAAAAAAUGGUUGGAUACUUUAGAGCAUAUUUCAAACUUUUUGAUCUUGAUGUAAGCAUUAAUUAUUUUUAUUAAUUGAAAAACCGAGAAAUUUCCUUGUAAUCUUAUAAUCUGAGGCCGUGGGAUAGCAUGGUGGAAAAUCUCUCGCAAUUUUUUUUUCGGUAAAAUUACUUUUAUUCGACUGUUUACAUUUAAAUUUGCUUUCUCAUAUCAGAAUCCUUCAGAUCUCUUUUAAUCGCAAAAAAAAGAAAAAAAAUUUUCAGUUUCAUCCCUUCUCAGAAAAAGAAGGCGGAAAAUCAUUUUCCAUUUUCUUGCAAAGCCUCUGGUGGAGGAAUUAGAGACUCUAAUAUUUUCAUGGAAACUCAAAGUUAAAAAAAUUCGUUUGGUAUAUCGUAAAAACCAAUGGACAAAAGCACGAAAUGUCUAAAGACAUGUACUUCUGAGAAUGAGCGCUUCUAUCAGAUCGUUUUCCCGACUACCGCCGCCGCAGACACGACGGCUGCCAUCAUCAUCACUUCACAGUCGACGGUCCGCGUCACAGCGCCUGCGACGUGCGUCGACCUUAAGAACCCUUCGACCGGCGUAUCCGAUUGUCCCAACCGAGUCGCUUACUGUAACAACUCUGUCUACUACACCUUGAUGACACAACAGUGCCCAAAGACCUGCGGCAGAUGCUCGGCAGCUGUCACAACUCCGUCACCUAGUAAGACAUCUCGAGCUAUCAGCAGCUUCUUAUGUUUUCAGCAUGCUUCGACCGUUUGAAUCCGUCAACUGGAGUCUCGGAUUGUCCAUCCAGAGCCUAUCUUUGCAACGACUCUACUUAUUUCACCUUGAUGACACAGCAGUGCCCAAGGACUUGCGGUAGAUGCGGAGCGACAGUCACAGUUCCUUCAAGUUUAACUUCUGAGUUUGACAUUUGACUCUUUGGUUACUUAGCCACAUGCGUCGAUCGGUUGAACCCGUCAACUGGAGUAUCGGACUGUCCCUCAAGAGCCUACUUAUGCAACGACUCCACCCAUUUCACCUUGAUGACGCAACAGUGCCCGAGGACUUGCGGACGCUGCUCCGCCGGAAAGUAG